AUGUCUGAAAGGGGUCAACACAGAGGUGGCGGUCGUGGAGCUGGUAGAGGUCAUGGUGAACACAGAGGUGGCAGGGGAGGUGGUAGAGGAGGUCAUGGUGGGGAGAGGGGUGGACAUGGCGGGGGAAAUUUCGAGAAACCAAAGAAGGAAAAUAUCUUGGAUUUGGGAAAGUACAUGGAUAAGCAGGUCACAGUUAAGUUCAAUGGUGGCAGACAUGUGAAAGGGACUUUGAAGGGCUAUGAUGCCCUGAUGAAUCUGGUUUUGGAUGAUGUGGAGGAAAAGUUGACUGAUGAUGAAGGAAAUGAAGCAUGGAGAGCAUUGGGUUUAGUGGUUGCAAGAGGAACCUUACUCAUUGGAAUAAGCCCAGUCGAUGGCAGCGAAGAAAUAGCGAAUCCUUUCGUACAACAAGAAGAAUGA